AUGUUCUUCCUAAAAGAAGAGACCAAGGUGAUCUCCAUGCACCCAUCCUAUUUCGGACCCAACAUGCGAGAGUACCUCAUCGGUCGACUCAACGAGGAGGAAGAGGGACGGUGCACAGGUGAUCACUUUGUGAUCUGUGUCAUGGACAUGGUUGAUAUUGGCGAGGGGCGGGUGAUGCCUGGAAUUGGAAUGGCGGAAUACACCAUCAGAUAUCGUGCGAUCAUCUGGAAGCCAUUCCGUGGUGAAACGGUCGAUGCUAUUGUUACUUCUGUUAAGCCUACUGGUAUCUUCACCCUGGCGGGCCCGUUGUCUGUCUUCAUUGCACGCAAGAACAUCCCCUCCGAUAUCAAGUGGGAACCCAACACCGUGCCGCCGCAAUACACCGAUCAUGCCGAUCAAGUGAUUGAGAAAGGAACUAGUCUGCGGUUGAAGAUCCUUGGUGUCAAGCCCGACGUGGCUGCCAUCAAUGCUAUUGGCACCAUCAAGGAGGAUUAUCUUGGAGCUCUUCUCUCUGGAUCUUCCUUUCAAUCCCCUGUCCCUAUACGGUUGACAAUGUCCUACUUCAAGACCGAAUACCAGCGGUUCCUGGAUAACCCCAGGACUGCUAAAUUGGCAGACGAUGUGUCCUUAAUCUACGUUCCUACCACGACCAAGUUCGAGCAGGCCGACAAUGUGAUCACUCAUGUGUUGAAGAACGCGAACAUCGUCAAGACAAAGUCGAACCAGGUCAUUAGCGCCAUUGAAGGAUCAGACUCACUAUGUCUAGACAUGGAAACAACCCUCGAAUUCACCGAGGGUGGUGGGGUUUAUCUCCCCUCCCUCGACGAUAAUUUCCUGGCCGACCGUGUUGCGACCUUCCCCACCGUUCACAUCGUCCACUUCGAUUCCAAUCAACUGAUCAAGCAGAUCCGCAUUUACUGGGAUCAGGCCUCAUUGCUGAAACAAGUCGAGGUUAUCGGAGCGCGCGGACGCCAAUGGCCCAUUCGCGAUGGAAAAGACCAACUUCGUCUCCUCAAGAACGCCGAGACAGCGCGUGCGGCACCCUCGCAGCCUCCUUCUGAGAAGGUGGAGACCAAACUCCCCGAUCGUUCCGCAUCCCCAGGAAAGCGCCGCAUCAAGGAUCCUUACGCAGCCAACUCCCUCACUGAGCUCCUCUCGCCAAACAAGGAGGCCGCUGAACGCGAAAGCCGCGCGGAAGACCGCAGACCUGCUUCCGCUAGCAAGAGAUAUACCAAAGACCCUUACGGAGCCGGUUCCUUGAAUGAGCUUCUGUCCCCCUCCAAGAAGCCUCCCGCCCCUGUGGCUCCCUUUGCGCCCGCAUCUGCACGCCCCGCCGCUCGCAACUUCAGCGAUAUCUUCGUGAAGGAUGACGAUACACCCGACUCUCCUUCCAAGACACGCCGGGCUCCCCGUGUCGACGAAGAGGAUGAGAAACCCUUCAACGGACCCGUCGAUGAAGAUCGUCAUUUCUACAAAUCCGACCCUGGAAAAUACAACCACUUCGAGAUCGGCGGCGACAACUCAGAGCGCGAGAUCAAGGCAGAAGUCAAGCAAGCCAAGACCCCCCACUCAACCCAUUGGGACUUCAACGACUUCGAGACCCCCGUGAAGGGCUCGCGCGUUCCCCGCGGCGAAGAAGUCCGUCACUUCGGAUUCGGCGACGACGAAGAAGCCAGCCCUCAACCCAAGCUCGACGUGAUCAAGCCGCGUCGCGACGCAGACCGCCACUUCGACAUGGCCGAUGAAGAAACCGAAGAAGACGGACGGAUCAUCAGCUCAUUCGGAGGCCGCGGCAAGCGUCUCUACGAGAACCGUCUCUUCGAGAGUAACGGCCAGGCCGAGGCCUCCGAGCGCGAACAGAAGAACGAGCCCCUCUCAACAGGCGGCAACGCUGUCAACCGCAACAAGAACUUCGCUUCGCAAUUCGAGCUGGUGGAUGAAUCACCCGCCGCCAAGGAGAACAAGCCUACCCAGAAACACGUCGCGCACAAUAAGAUGAUGGAGUCUCAUUGGGACAACUACGACGAGGAGUCUCCCAAGCCUACUCAAAAGCACACCGCGCACAAUAAGAUGAUGGAGUCUCAUUGGGACAACUACGACGAGGAGUCUCCUAAGCCUACUCAAAAGCACACCGCGCACAAUAAGAUGAUGGAGUCACACUGGGAUAACUACGAAGACCCAUCCCCCGAGCCCGUUAGAAGAAAUGCAACGGCCCAGCGCAACCCCCUCGGCCACAACCAGCCCAGCUGGAACCACGAAGGCAACUAA